UGGGUUUAUUAUUUUUAUGCAGGAUUGCUAAAGGUUGAUAGUUAGCUCUGAAAUGUACUGAGAGCUGUCAGACCAGCUACAGCCAGCUGAAUCCACACACUCCCAUAACCCACAAGCAGCUCUUUGCUAACAUUAGCCGAAGCAGCGUUGUUAAAUACAUAAUACGGUGACAAGACCUUGUUCUAUAUACGAAAACAUUUUUAUGGUAUGUUCAGUUUGCUAGAAUUUGAAAUUGUCGAGUACGUCAGGCAAUCAGAUAUAACUUCUUAUCGGUACUUCCGAAACAUCUUAACCUAAACGCCGAGAUAUGGGAGUUGUAGUUUUUAGAUGAUUAGUUUCGCUAGCUUGUUCAUACGAAUUGCAAAGGUCUUGUUCUCGCUUCUUCAGAUGUUCUUCUUAAAGUUAGGUAACAUGCACAUUAGUCUUGAUUGACAGCAGGAUUGCGUGCAGUUUCAAAUCUACCUUAAGUCCUCUACUGUAAACUUGUUUGGUUUGUUUGGUUGUGUAGCAUGACGAAGAAAACAGCUAAAAAUAUAAUAGGUAUCGGAUUGUGAAGCCCGUCCUUUGCAAUUGCAUGUUGCACUUAAAACAUGCAUGACAUUUAUCAAAUGAUCUAACUUUUAAGCACGCCACGAUUGUCAAAGUCAAAAGGGCCUGUUGCUUUACUAAAGAACUUCAAUUCCCAUCUCACAUAGCGGUAUGUUGACGCAUGCGCAUUUCUGCUAAGUGAAUCAACUUGUUCCAGUCAAAACAGCCAGUAAAAUGAGUAAGUUGAAGUCAUCACAAAAGGACAAGGUUCGGCAGUUCAUGUCCUUCACGCAGGCGGGGGAGAGGACAGCCAUCUAUUGCCUGACACAGAACGACUGGAAAUUAGAAGUAGCCACAGAUAACUACUUCCAAAACCCUGACCUGUUUAAUAAAGAAUACAUGAAAACCUCAGUGGACCGCAAGAAGCUGGAGCAGCUCUAUAGCAGAUACAAAGAUCCUCAAGAUGAAAAUAAAAUAGGCGUUGAUGGGAUCCAGCAGUUCUGUGAUGACCUGUUGCUGGAUCCAGCGAGUAUCAGCAUCCUGGUCGUGGCCUGGAAGUUCAGAGCAGCCACACAGUGCGAGUUUAGUAAGAAGGAGUUUCUUGACGGCAUGACUGAGCUGGGCUGUGACAGUCCCGAAAAACUCAGAGCCAUUCUUCCAAGAUUAGAGCAGGAGCUGAAAGAUCCUGGGAAGUUUAAAGAUUUCUACCAGUUCACUUUUAAUUUUGCCAAGAACCCUGGUCAGAAAGGAUUAGAUCUAGACAUGGCUGUUGCAUACUGGAAAUUAGUUUUGACAGGUCGUUUUAAGUUUCUUGAUCUCUGGAAUCAAUUUCUUACUGAGCAUCACAAGCGGUCUAUACCUAAAGACACAUGGAAUCUCCUUUUAGACUUUGGCAACAUGAUUGCAGACGACAUGUCAAACUAUGAUGAGGAAGGGGCGUGGCCUGUCCUCAUUGACGACUUUGUGGAGUUUGCACGGCCGAUUGUGGGUGGUACCAAACGGGUCAUGACAUAAUGAUGGUUCCUCUUUUAUGCAAUGGAUGGAUUUUGUUUCCUACAAGUUUUGUACCAGAUUUUUAUAAGAAAGGGCCAAAAAGAGACUACAUUUACUGAGCCUGGCUGCAGCUUGUUGUAGACUUAAUCAUGACAUGCCUUGAGGAAAAGCGCAUGGGAGCUUCUGGACUUCAUUGUGGAAAUGAGUGCUCUGAACCGGCCUCAAUAGGGCUGCUUGGCUCAAAGAGGAUGGACCGUUGCUUUGGGCUUUCAAAGUCAGAAUCUGCGGAUGAGGUGAAAGAGUGAAGCAUUUUGAAUGUGCUCUUUGUAUAAUCACUCAAAGAGCAAAGACACAAUGUGCUGGUGUUUGAGUGUUUGUGUGCGUGGUUUCUAUGGGUUCAGUUUGGAUUUAGCUUUUUGUGUGAACAGUGACAAGAUGUUUUUAAUCUGCUGCAUGUCUGAGCUCAGCACCAGCAGUUACUGGUACAGGUUUUACACUAAGUGUACUCAUAGGAAUAGAUUUAUUUAUGUAUGAUAAUACCAGUGACAUUCACAGUAAUACAGAGAUCAUAUCCUGAUUUUUACUGAAACAUGUAACUGACUGUUUGCUGUUUUUCAGCUGAUUAUUUGCCAACUACAAACUGCACUGAGUUACACUUUCUGUUUUAGGUUUUUACAAUUUUACAGAGCGUACUGCACAUGCCAUGGAGGUGUUCAGUUUUUAUGUCAACGGGUCUCCUGUUUUAACAUUGCGUAUGUGCCCUAUUUGUUAACUGUACUGUUAGGAGAGCACUGCUCACUUUGCUGUAUGGUAUUUGCAUAACCUCAUAACACUCUGUUAACACCUCAUUUGAGCAGCAAAGGACAGUAAUUAUUCAUCUGAUUUAAGUGCCAAUUUGGUCUUGUGUGUCAAAAAGGUAUUACUUUGUUUAAAGGAAGCAUGCAACUGUUGAUACAGUUCUGCUCAGAGUUUAAUCAAACCUUCAUCGAAGGGCAGAUAUAAUCCAUAAGUGGCAAACUUCACAUCAGUAUUUUAUAUAAAUGAUGCAGACAGAUUGUAAUAAAAAAUACAGGUGAGAAUAUUGUUGAGGAAGUGUCUGUUUUUUUUUCAGGGUGUUUACAAAUGUCAAAUGAGGUCAGUACUUUACAUUGUCCAAGCUGUCACUUAACUGGCGCAGGGUCAUUAGCCUGUUAACAUGGUACAUUACCGUACAUACACUGUGGUUCACUGUUAACCAUCAUCUCGUCAUUUGUUCAGAAAAGUAUUAUUUUUGUUGCAGAGGAAAGCUGAAUCAUUUUUAAAAAUAUGCCAAUAAAGCAUGUUGUUUUAAAA